GUCCGAGUAUCCGACAUCAUCUUACUUUCUUACACCGUGACUAUAACCUGCACUAUUGUUUACUGGUGUUUACUUCUGAUUAAUUCUGAUACAUUUUAAAUAUUAUGGUAUCGUGACAUUAAGUAUCACAGUACGAUACAACGAUAAGACGGGGAAACAUUUUUAUUAGAAAUACAGUUCGUACAAUGAUAAAUCGUAUACAUUGUUUUAUAGGUUAAAACGAUAGCAUUGCAAUGAGAGAUAGUAGAACGGUUUGAAGCUCAAUGACCAGUAAUAUAAUUUAACACGUAAUUUGUGCAGAGUAAAGAAAAUAUUUAAAAAUGACAUCCAUCAUAAAGCUACUUGCUAUUUCUGGGGCAAUGGAUGAGUCUCCGCCUUGCUACAUACUGCAAGUAGAUGAACUAAGAAUAUUAUUGGACUGUGGGUGGGACGAGAACUUUGAUCAUGAUUUCAUGAGAGAAUUGAAAAGGCACGUUAAUCAAAUAGAUGCGGUAUUACUUUCAUACCCAGAUCCUUUACAUUUGGGCGCACUGCCCUACCUGGUUGGCAGAUGUGGCUUAAAUUGUCCCAUAUAUGCCACCAUACCUGUCUACAAAAUGGGCCAGAUGUUCAUGUACGACAUGUAUCAGUCCCGCCACAACAUGGAAGAUUUCGAUUUAUUUACGUUGGACGACGUCGACGCCGCGUUCGACAGGAUCGUGCAGCUGAAGUACAAUCAGAGUAUCUCGAUGAAGGGCAAGGGAUACGGCGUUACGCUGACCCCGUUGCCAGCGGGUCACAUGAUCGGCGGAACGAUUUGGAAGAUCGUGAAGGUGGGCGAGGAGGAUAUAAUAUACGCGGUGGAUUUCAAUCACAAGAAGGAGCGCCACUUGAACGGUUGCGAGUUGGAGAGACUGCAGAGGCCGUCCUUGUUAAUAACGGAUGCGUUCAACGCUACCUACCAGCAGGCCAGACGAAGGACGAGGGACGAGAAACUGAUGACUAAUAUCUUGCAAACAUUGCGAGGUGGCGGCAACGUGUUGGUCAGCGUGGACACCGCCGGCCGUGUACUGGAACUGGCGCACAUGCUGGACCAGCUCUGGCGUAACAAGGAAUCAGGGUUGCUUGCCUACUCGUUAGCUCUCCUUAAUAAUGUGAGCUACAACGUCGUGGAAUUUGCGAAAUCGCAGAUCGAGUGGAUGAGCGAUAAGCUGAUGAGGAGCUUCGAGGGUGCGCGCAACAAUCCGUUCCAGUUUAAGCACCUGCAGCUCUGCCACAGUAUGGCCGAGCUGAGUCAAGUCCCGAGUCCGAAGGUGGUGCUCGCGAGCACUCCGGACAUGGAAUGCGGAUUCUCUCGUGAAUUGUUUCUUCAGUGGUGCACCAAUCCGCAGAACAGUAUUAUAUUAACGAGCAGGACAUCUCCAGGCACUCUUGCCAGAGAUUUAGUGGAGAGAGGUGGAAACCGAAAUAUUACGCUGGAAGUGAAGAGACGAGUGAGACUCGAGGGCGCUGAGCUGGAGGAACAUCAGAAAAGAGAAAAGUUGAAACAGGAGCAGAUGAAGCAAGAGCAAAUGGAAACUGCAGAUGUGAGUUCCGAGUCGGAAGACGAGAUAGAGGUCGGUGGUGCGAGAGGGAAACACGAUUUAUUGGUGAAACAAGAAACUAAACCCGGUUUCUUUAAACAGAGUAAGAAACAACAUCCAAUAUUCCCAUUUGUCGAAGAAAAAAUCAAGAUAGACGAAUAUGGAGAAAUUAUAAAGCCAGAAGAUUACAAAAUAGCGGAGACCGCACCGGAGGUGGACGAAAAUAAGGAAAAUACUGAAACGAAACACGAAGAAAUCAAUCACCACCCGGAGAUAGCUGCGGAUAUUCCGACAAAAUGUGUACAGGUGUCGCGUACGAUGACCGUUAACGCGGAAGUGACGUACAUAGAUUUCGAAGGCAGAUCCGACGGAGAAUCCCUGCAAAAAAUAUUGGCGCAGCUGAGACCAAGGAGAGUGGUCUUGGUCAGAGGUUCACCCAAGGACUCGGAAAUAUUGGCCCAGCAAGCGCAAAGUGCCGGCGCGAGGGUGUUCAUUCCAGGCAGGGGGGAGACGCUGGACGCCACGACGGAAACGCAUAUUUAUCAGGUACGUUUGACCGAUGCUCUAGUCAGUGGGCUGAACUUCUCGAAGGGUAAGGGUGACGCGGAGGUAGCGUGGAUAGAUGCGAUGAUAACGGCGCGCAAUCACGUUUGUCGAGACGCCAUCGCCGACAAAGAGAGUGAGAACGCGAUCGCCGAAAGUGACAAGAUACUGACUCUCGAGCCUUUGCCGUUAAACGAGGUACCUGGCCAUCAAACGACAUUUAUAAACGAGUUGAAACUGUCGGACUUUAAACAGGUGUUGAAUAAGAGUAACAUUCCGUCCGAAUUUAGUGGAGGAGUUUUGUGGUGUUGCAACAAUACCAUCGCCGUUAGAAGGCACGAAGCUGGGAAAGUAAUACUGGAAGGCUGCAUUUCCGAAGAUUAUUAUAAAGUGCGGGAGCUAUUGUAUGAACAAUAUGCUAUUGUGUAAAUUAUUGAACAAUGUUAUGCUUGUAAUAACGAUUAUGAUAAUAAUUAUAUAAUUUUAUAUCU